AUGGCCAAGAUUGCCUCCCAAGCCAUACCGUCUUUAAAAUCUCAGAUAGAUGCCCUGACCUCGGACGCCACAGGUGCUCCGGGUGUCGUAUUCGCUGCUGUCAAUAAACAGGGCGAGUCGAUCUUCGAGCAUGCAUCUGGUAAGGUCGGGGUUGGCAAGAGUCAGCCCAUGACCAUGGACAAUGUCUUUUGGAUUGCGAGCUGCACGAAGAUGAUUACCGGCGUUGCUUGCAUGCAGCUUGUUGAACAAGGCAAGUUGGCAUUGGACGAUGUUGCCUUGGUGGAGAGACUUGCACCGGAACUCAAAGCCGUACAAGUCUGGCAAGACGGCAAACUGGUACCAAAGAAGAGAGGCAUCACGUUGAGGAUGCUCCUUUCUCACACAGCUGGGUUCGCCUAUGCCUUCUUCGACGACCGUCUCAACGACUGGGCCGGCCCGUUGGGCAUCGACGAAUUCUCAGGGUCUUACCACGACUACCUCUCCCAGCCUCUCGUGAACCAACCUGGUGAGGUGUGGGAGUACGGCAUCAACAUCGACUGGGCCGGUCAACUCGUCGAACGGGUCAGCGGCCUGAAACUCAACGACUAUUUCCAACAGCACAUCUUCAAGCCCAUGGGCCUCAAGAACAUCAACAUGUUCCCCACGGACUCGAUGAAGGCGGAUUUGGCCUACAUGAACGCCCGCGCUCCCGACGGCACUCUGUCGCUCAACCCGGACGGCCACCUCAACAGGCGUCCCCUCUUCGCGACCACCAAGGAAGAGAUCGACACCACCUUCCACGCCGGGGGUGCGGGUUGUUUCGCACGCCCGACCGAUUACUGCCAGAUCAUUGCAAUGUUGUUGAACGACGGUGUCCAUCCAGGUACUGGAUCUAGGAUCCUCAAAAAGGAAACCAUUGAUACCAUGUUUACGAAUCAGAUUCCAGAAAUGCCAAACUUUGGUCGACAGGGCGUCGCACCACCAAAGAAAAUGUACUCCAACGCUCUUCCAGAACUCUACCCGGAACCUCACGACGUCCCGCAGGGAUGGGGAUUGACCUUUUUCCUUCACCUCAAGGAUUCCGCUGUCCAUAGUGAAGGUACAGGAUGGUGGGCUGGUCUUCCGAAUCUAUUCUGGUGGGCCGAUCGCAAGAGAGGCAUCGGCGGUAUCAUUGCAAGCCAGAUCAUUCCGUUCGGUGAUCUCAAGAUCCUCGGUCUCUGGGCACAAGUCGAAGCUGGAAUUAUUCAAAACCUUCAAUGAUUGGUCCGGUCCUCCAACUAGUUGCAGACGGAGAAGAGACACAAACUGGAUUCCCUUUUGUCGUGGGCUCAUCUACUGAGAAAUCUGGACGAGCAUGUGUCAUAUGCACUGUUUCCCG